GGCCCCGCAACACCUUCUAAACCCUUAUUUAGCCUUUACAUAACACAUAUCUCAAGUUAUCUACGAUGUCUACACCCAAGAAGUCCGCUGGUAAGGCCGCUGGCGCCAAGAAGUCAGCAGCGAAGCCUGCUGCAAACCACCCCCCUUGGGCAGAUAUGAUAAAGGAGUGUAUUGUUGCUCAUCCUGAAGAGGCACGUACUGGGGUAUCACGACCCCAGAUCAAGAAGUUCGUUGCAUCGAAGUACAAGCUUACGAUUGGUCCUGCGCAAACCACACAACUGAAUAAAGCUAUUGCGCACGGUGCUGAAAAAGGCUUAUUUGUCCUUCCUAAAGGUCUGUCCGGCAAAGUCAAGCUACCCCCCAAGAAGACCGCGGAGUCUACUGCUACAAAGGAGAAUAAGCCAAUAUCCAAGACUACUUCUAAGCCCGCUGCGAAGCCUGCCACCGCCAAAUCAAAGACCAAGGGAACAGCAGCCACGAAGACAAAGUCUUCGACUACAAAGGCUGCAACUGCAAAGAAACAUGCUGCACCGAAAGCCACGAAGGCUGCUCCUGCUAAACCCGGAAAGAAAGCUCCAGUCAAGAAGGCGCCAGCCAAGAAGGCUCCUGCUGCAACAAAGAAAGCCCCCAGCACAAAGAAAGGCCCGGCGAAGAAGGCUGCUACUGGUACGACGAAGGCGAAGACAGCUGCAUCAAAGCCUAAAGCACCUGUGAAGAAGUCAGCUGCGAAGGCUUCAACCAACAAGGCUAAGUAAAUUAGCUUGUCAGACCGAUUAGCCUCUAUGCAUACAUGUAUUGUGUUCUUACGGUGCCUUUGAGCUUGUGGUGCCCUUGUCUAUUUUAUAUUGCUUGGUCUUCGUCUUUGUAUCAUUCCACACUCUUGUUCUUCCGUAUGUCGUAUCGCGCCUAGACUAUCAACACAUGCUUCCCACUUCUCUUGUUAUGCUAGUGACGUGUACGAUAUAUUUAUUUUGGGAAGAUAAAUACAAUCUUCUUGCAGCGUGACUGUAGGACAAUCU